AUGUUUAACAAACGGACCAAAGUAAAAGACCUGCUGGCCAGCGAGCAAACCGGUCAGCAAGUAACAGUGAUGGGUUGGGUACGCACCUUCCGCAACAACCAGUUUAUAGCGCUGAACGAUGGCAGUACCAAUAAUAAUAUACAGUUGGUGGCAGAACUGGGCAAAUUUGACGAGGCUUUGCUGAAACGCAUUACUACGGGUGCUUCUUUGAAAGUAACCGGCGAAACCGUAGCCUCUGUAGGCAAGGGACAGAAACUGGAAGUAAAAGCCGGACAGAUAGAAAUACUGGGCGACUGUGAUGCAGAGAAAUUCCCCCUGCAGCCCAAAAAGCACAGCUUGGAAUUUUUGCGUGAGAAAGCCCACCUGCGCUUUCGUACCAAUACUUUCGGCGCAGUGUUCCGCAUACGCCAUUCACUGGCAUUUGCCAUUCACCAGUUCUUUAAUGAGAAAGGAUUUGUGUACCUGCAUACCCCCAUUGUAACGGCCAGCGAUGCAGAAGGUGCCGGUGAAAUGUUUAAAGUAACCACCCUGCCUUUUGACGAAACACCCCGAAACGAAGACGGUACAGUAAAUUUUAAGGAAGACUUUUUUGGCCGUGCUACCAACCUGACCGUAAGCGGGCAGCUGGAAGGCGAAUUAGCGGCUAUGGCUUUUAGUGAGAUUUAUACAUUUGGGCCCACUUUCCGUGCAGAAAACUCAAAUACUGCCCGCCACCUGGCAGAGUUCUGGAUGAUAGAACCGGAGAUGGCUUUCUGUGACCUGGAAGACAAUAUGAACCUGGCCGAAGAAUUUAUAAAAUACAUUAUUAAAUAUGCCAUGGCGCACAACCGCGAAGACCUUGAGUUCCUGGCGCAGCGGCUGGCAGAAGAGGAAAAGGCGCUGCCGCAGGACAAGCGCAGUGAAAUGGGCCUGAUAGAGAAGCUGGAAUUUGUGGUGAACAAUAGUUUUGAACGCGUUACUUAUACAGAAGCAAUAGAUAUUCUGCGCGAAAGCAAUCACAACAAAAAAAAGAAAUUCCAGUACCAGGUAGAUAAAUGGGGCGUGGACCUGCAGAGUGAGCAUGAGCGUUACCUUGUGGAAAAACAUUUUAAAAAGCCGGUAAUCUUAACCAACUAUCCCAAAGACAUCAAAGCCUUUUACAUGCGCCAGAAUGAUGAUGGUAAAACCGUGGCCGCUAUGGAUAUUCUUGCCCCCGGUAUUGGUGAAAUAGUAGGCGGCUCUCAGCGCGAAGAAAGACUGGACCGGCUGGAAGCAAGAAUGGAUGAAAUGCAUAUCCCCAAAGAAGAGAUGUGGUGGUACCUGGAUACCCGCCGUUUUGGUGCGGUGCCGCAUGCAGGGUUUGGAUUGGGCUUUGAAAGAAUGGUGCUGUUUGUAACGGGCAUGACCAAUAUCCGCGAUGUAAUUGCUUUUCCACGCACGCCAAAGAAUGCUGAAUUUUAA